UCUCGAUUGACCAAUAAUAUAAAUGGCUGUGAAUGACCGCUAAACACGUCCUGUGUGAAAAGGCCUUUAAGUUUAAUAUAUUGAGAAGCCCAGCCGAACCCACAACAUUCGCGGCGGUUUGGUAAAGUGAGGAAGGCGCUCUCUGACAGCGCGUGAAGGAGGCGUAUCUCAGUCGUACUCUCAGUCAUGAGGUUCCUCCGCUCGGGACUGUUUUUAAUCAACCGUGGGGCUCAGCAGCUUUGAGUGAAACUUUUCACUCUGUUUGGACACCCGGACCGUUGAAACGAGACUUCACAACCAGCUCUGACGCGCGUCGAAUUAGUUCAAGAGUUUCCACGAUAAUAUCGUAAAGCCUUCCUCAGAUAUGUGCGCUUUAACCCAGCGCGUCGGAUACCUGAGCUGCGCGUUUGAGCGCUUGUCGCUCGACAGCGCGCCGUGAUCCGGGGGGAUGAUGUGGGGACCAAGCGCGCAUUCCCAAUGGUAUGUGUCUCGACUCUAGCCAGGAACGUCUGUGCAGAAGUGGGAAUGCUUUUCCGUGGGAUCUGGGCGCUCCGCCGGAGGUGCUGCACUGGUCCGCUUCUGCUGCUGGGGAUAGCGGUCGGGCUGUUUUACCACACUGUGACUAUGCACCGGGACAGAACUGAGUUCAAGUCCAGUCAACGGGACCAAAGGAACAAAUCUGCGGUGUUUGAUUAUAAACUACUCCUCAAGAACCCAGAGAGACUCGCAUCUCUGCUAGAAGCAUCACAGACAGACAGUUUUGUGCGUCAUUCUAAGCGCAGCUGUGUGGGAAAAGCCAUUAUUCUGACAGGCCAACAUGCUCCAACGGACACCGAGGUCCAGUUGUACCAGAGAGUCCUACAGCAGCAGGGGUAUAGAGUGGAUCAGGCCUGUUAUGCAGAGACCAGCGCCUCACUCAGACAGGACAGGAGAGAUGGAAGAGACUGGUCCGUCUUGAUAUGCCUAAAGGGCUCUGAAAAAAGUUGCCUGCGAAAAAUCAACGUUGCCCAUCCGCAGCACCGCCAGAGGGUUAACAUAAUACCAGCCUUUGCCGGAGCGUUUCUGGACAUGGGCGGAGUCUGCCGGUUUUUGACGGACAGCCAGCUGUCAGGAGUGACAUUACCAAUACUUCCUUCUGCCUGUGCUUUUUCCACAUCUCCACAAGAGGGAACCCCAAAUGCUGCUGAAGAUGAAUGGAGGCAGCCAAUCACACACAGCCGCUCAGACAAUCAGGACCUAAAUGCCACCGUAAACGUAUACGUCCUGGUUACCUCGGCAACACCGCUGACCGCUUUUGUCCACCGCACAGUCUUGGUCAAAACCCACUUGGAUAAAACUAGUUAUGCCACCGAGUUGCAGGUAUUCUUUAGAGAAAGACUGGGUCCUGAACUCUCUCAUCAGGCCGUUGAGCACAUGAAUCACGUCAUCAGUGACAUCCUGAAAGCUGCUCUAUUAACCACAAAGGAGAGCUUCACAUUAAAAUUACUUUUUAAUUUUACUUUACUUUUUAAGGUUCCUUUUGCCUUUUCUAAAGGAUACCUAAUCUUGGACGACCCAAAGAGCCCAGAGGCAUCAGACCCGCUGUCAAGAAAAGGGAGGUGUGUUGAUCCCCACCUGAGGCAGUUGUACACAGACCCUCCGUUGGUGCUGAUGCCAGCGUUUAACACGCUGGAGAAGCAAUAUCGAGCCGAGGUUCCGUUUGAUGUGAUCACCGUUCGCAUCCGGCCAGAACCAGUCAGCCCACACUGCCACAUUCACCUGGACGAACAUCUGGGACCCAGGAUGGCAAACUACCCGGUUGGCCUGGGCAACAGCAGAAUCAACAUUCUGGUGAUGGACGAAUCAGAGGCUGAGCCCGUCGUCAUGACGAUAUACACUCUGCACAUAUACCGCGACAGCAGGCCCAGUCUGCCAAUGUUUGAUGAGUAUGUGAUGUGCAGCUUUGUGCAGGACUGUGGCCUGGUGGUCAGACCAGAUCAGCCCUGCGGUUUGGAGCCCAUUCCAGGGACGAGAUCUUCAGAAGAGGCCCAGGCCUCACCUCGGCCUUGUCUCUCAGGAGAUGAACCUGGUCGUUGGGUCGUCCCAUGCCUGAGCUGUUCAGACAACAGGACUUGUGAUUGGAGAGAGGUCGCCUGGCAACCCGACAGCUGUUAUUACCCUUUACUGGACCAACCUCAGUUGCAAACCUGCAUGAUGGACCGGAAGGUCCUGUUUAUCGGCGACUCCACCAAUCGAGGGAUGAUGUACUACCUAAUGGAGAGGGUGAACACUACUCUGGAGGACUGGGACAAGGCUCACGACACCAUUGUCUACCACAACCUGAAUCAGGGCCGAACUAUCGUUAGCUACUCCUACUACCCACAAUUCUGGCUGCCGAAGGCUCAGAGACCCACUUUCCAAAGAGCUCUGCAGCAGCUUCUAGAAAGGUCACAACCCCUGCAGAACUCGCCUCAGACAGUGCUGGUCGCUGGUGGGGUGCAGUGGCUGAACCUGAACCAUUUGAGGACCAUUCAGCAGGUUUUAGAGAGGGAGGGUCUUGAGAAAAUCGUGGUGGUGGUGAAGUCUUUAGGAAUGGGUUUCCAUCUGCCUGUGGAUGGUAUUCGCUCCCUUCUACUGAAUGGAGUGCAAGAACUCUAUAAUGUGAACAAAAAUAUUCUGGAAAGUGCCAAGCAUCUUGGAUAUGAGGUCAUUGACACUCUCAGCGUCACCAUGGGUCGUUAUAAGGAGUUCCUGCAAGGACAAUGUGCCUGCCAUUUCCAUGAGUGUUCGGAGGAAACAAGCUCUUAA